ACUCGUUUAGACCAGCAGCCAUUCAAAACGAAACCAUACAAAAACGAAAGUAUGACACGAAAGCAGCGAAUGGCGUCGGUUUGUUAAGGCAUCCAGGCAAAAUGUAUUGGAUGUGGAUAGUGUUCGGAUGUGUUGGAGGGAUCAUCAUCUUCCUUGUUGUCGUUUUUUGUCUCUAUACAUAUAAAAAAUCGAGGAAUAAGAAAAAACGAGAUGUAGAGCAUUUUGAUGAUGUAGAGAAUGGAAACGCACCAAAACGGCUGCGAAGCGUUAGGAACACGAUAUUGGACUUCACUGAGGAACCAAAGGGUUUACCAAAUGUCGGGGAAACGUGUUACAUGAACUCGAUGGUACAGUGUUUAGCAUGGAGUCCAUGUCUACGUUCACAACUGGCAGACCAGAUUCGGAAACAGAAAUUUUCGUACAGAGAAAACAGGGUAGCAAAAUCUUUACUUACCGUCCUCGAAGCGUACCACGAUGAUGACGACGAUGAGACCGAUGACUGUUUUGGUUGGUGUUAUAACGAUAAAAGGAAGUCGUUUCGUGAACAGAUGAUCACCUUCCUCGACGCUAUUUCCCGCAGGAAUGACCGAUUUGGAAGUGGUGAGCAAGAGGACACGUUUGAAUUCUACAAUGUUCUUAUCAGUUCACUGCAAGAGGAAGCACUGGAAAACAUUCCGCGUUCCAAUGGGGAUGAUACAUACGAUGAACAUGUUAUGAGACAUUGUAGUGCCUCUCGAUUGUUUUUUGGGAAAUUCAUCACAUCCUAUUAUCACCAAGAAUGUGGACACGUUGAUGUAGUACCCCAGUCAUUCACCAGUCUCAGCAUUCCUGCUGUUACGAAUUCGGAGUUUAAAUCAAAUUCCGAAGAGAUACAUGAAGUGGACAACACGAACAGAAAUAGACUGUUUGACAAGCCACAGAACGAUUCCAGUAUAGUUCAAGGCACUCCGAAGAAUGAGGAGACAGAAAUGCCAGAAGAUGGGAAUUCAGAUCCAGAUUUUGGGAUAUUGGGAGAUAAUGCUCGAGCCCAUAGAACAAACACUAUUGACGUGAAGCCGUUACCAACAUUCGGAGGGGACAAGCUGAGAGAACUCUCGCUCGAUAAAACACAACGAAGCAGGAACAUGGAAGAAACAGGCGUCGAAACUGGACUAAGGAAACUGACCGAAACAGAAACCAGGAUGGCAUCUGAAAUUAGCUGUCGAAUAUGUGAAAAGACUGAGAGAGACGCAACUGCUGGAUUCAUGUACCAAAAACUACAGAUGAUAUCUCUUCCUCCAGUUCUAGUUCUACAAAUCAACAGAUUCGAACAGAGAGGUUAUGAGUUGUUCAAAGUGAAUGAGCGCGUGACCUUCCCAAAGUCAUUGGACAUGGCUAGGUUCUGUUCAGUAGCGAUGAAGGUUUCUGGAGCUGGUGGUAAAUUGACUCCCGGCGAGUCGUAUUCAUUAUUUGGUGUGGUGAAUCACCGAGGGUCAAUAAAAGGAGGCCACUACUUUGCCUAUAUCAAAACCUCCCACAGAAAUGCAAAAAACAUACAGAAUCAGCUGCAACAUCAAUGGUAUGAUCCUGAAAGAAUAACGUCAAGUAUUCGUACCGAGCUGGAAAAACUCUUGGACCCUGUAAAAGACGAAGGUUCAAGUACGGAUACUCAAAGCAGCGUGCAUUCCCAGGAACGAGAUCAGUUUCCUGUAGCAGAUCAUCAGCAGAAAGACGAAAUCUGGUUCAGCGUAAGUGACUCUUACGUAAAGAAAAUCAACGAAGAUAUCGUGAUGCAGAGUGCAGAGGCAUACAUCUUAAUGUAUGAACGAAUGUAAAUUACAUUGAAUUAAUUGUAUGCUAUUGCCUCUAACAGGACAGGAACAUACUAAUAACAAAACCCAUAUAGCACAAUGCAAUCGAAUGUCAGGUUAUUAAUAACUUCAGACUUCGGUAUCGUUUUAAAAUUUCUAUUAAGAUUGUAUUUUUACCACGUGCAACAAAAAGUGAAAAUCGCAUUUUGUAUGUAGUAAACGUUGAAACUUUACCAGUCAUAUACAGUUUCAGAUAAACACGACAUCUAAAAUGAAAAAAAGAACCGUUACAAAACAAAUAAUUCCUGGACACUAAUCUCUCAGAUAUUAAAAGAUAGCUGUUCCCUACUGACUUUCAUUUAAUUUUUUUUAUUUUCAGAAUUGUUAGAUUCUUUUAAUGUUUAAUAUUGUUUAGUUUCUAUCAUACUGUCGUUCAUGGUGUUCUUUUUAAUUUUGUUCUGGGGAUUUUCCUUUUGAAGUUUUCACUCUUUCAAUGAUUUAUUUUUUAUCUAAAAUUGAUUCUCUAAUGUCCACAUGAUAUCUGACCCUGGCAUCUCGUAGGUUUAUUCUCUAUAAUGACAUUCCAUUUAUACAUGUACUUGAAUAUUCAUGUCAAAAAUAAUCUUUUGUUCACUAUUUCGAUAUUUUUCUUUUACAUUUUUUUUUUCCUCUGAAAUAAAAUUUUAAUGUUGCAUUUUUAUGUACAUGUAUGUUGUAUAUUUUAUUUGUCGCAACAGAUACAAAUUCAUUAUUUUAAUGUUUUUACUGCCAAUGUCAUAUGAUUUACAUUAUGUACACUACUAUAUUUUAUCAUGUGCUAUACCAAAACAAUAUUCCAUUAUAUACCAGUUGAAUAAAGACGAGAGAAUAACAAUAUGUAAACGUGCUUUUUAUUUAGUCUUAAACUCUAUGAAACGUGAUAAAUAUCUAAAAACGUUAAACAUGUGAUUAAAUGUGGACAUACAGUCAAAAAUAUGGGCUUACAGUCAUUUUUAAUGUAAGAAAGAGGGGAAUAAAUAUGGGGAUACGAUAAAUUUUGAUAUUAGGAAGGUGGGGUAUACAUAUGGGAUACAAUGAGUUUUAGUAUAAGGAAGAGUGGAAUAAGUAUGAGGAUACAACGGUAUUUUAUAUGAUUAGAGCGAAAUGAGUAUGGGAUACGAUAUUAGUUUUAAGCCUUGGAACACAAUGCUUCAUUAUUCAUAUUGCGAUCUCAUUCGGAAAUGUAAGACAAGAGUCAACGGGUUUAAUAUGCGUACAAUGUCGCUAUGUCAAUAAUCCGGUGUUAAUUUUCAGUUCUUUGGACAAGGAUGUAGAUACAGGAGCAACAGACGCCUGGCCACAUGUAACAACCAUUAUUGUACCCCUUUCUUAUUUCAAAGAAAAUCUGGUAGUUCUGGUUACAUUGAGUUUGUAUUUUUUGUUUUGUUUUUGUUUUCCUUUUUUCUGUUAAUUAUAUACACGUCGUAUGGAAUAAUUAAGAGACAGUGUUUUAUGGAUAAUAUGUAUAUAUGCUUGUUAAUUUUCCUACCAUACAAAAAUAAAAAAUUAUAUACUCGAUUAACAGUUUUUUUGUCUCCAAAAGAUGCACUUGAAUGUAUUUAAGGACUUAUAUGUCGUUCUCUUGAUUUUAUCAAAGAAUAAAGUUCAGUAUGGUAUCGUUUAUUUGAAUGAACCGCUUUUGCUUAUAAACAGAAUAGAUUUUUUCCAUAUCGUGUUGUGUAUUAACUCAAGAUUACAGAUUUUGUCUUGAUUAUCAUGGCUUGAAACAACGCGUGACCAACUGAUUCUAUAGAAACCUUCCAUUAGCCUUUAGUUAAAUCACUAAUAACACUCAUAAGAUUAAUGAAAUAUGAAACAAACAAUCAUGACACAAUUUGACAGGGUUCAUAUAAGUCAAGUAGAAUCCAUUAUUAUAAGUAUAAAAUUCCGUGAUAAGUUAAAAGUCAAAAACAACAAAAGGUCAUGUCAAAUGACAUUGAUACUUGAAUAUAUUUACGUAUUAAGAGCAAACGGCACGCGCUAUGAAAAGAUAAUGCAUUUAUAAUCAGAUUAUGCACCGAUUCACCUGUCCUCUGUUUAAAUCUUUUAUCUCAUUGUAAAUAUGCUAUCAGAUUGCCGUAGCAUACGUAAUACGUCAUAAGUGUUCGUUUUUAGGUCGGAAUUAUUUACGUUUUUUGCUUAGUAUUGUUCGUUGUGAAUUUGAAUUAUAACUCGGGAGUAUUCAUUUGGAUUCUGAGACGACCUCUGUGUCAGUUCCUAGUACGUUUGUCAUUAUCUGUAAAUAUCUUUUGAGUAUAUUUUUUCUCGAUCGGGUUAAGUAGAGUUAACAUAUCCAGGUAUACUUGAAUAAGAUUUGAUAUCAGUAUGUAAUGAGGGGUCGUCUCAGAAAGGAAUUUGGUGUACUUCUGUUUGCUUUUAUUGCAUGUAUACAUACAUUCUGUUAAAUAAACAUAUUUCAGAAUUCGA